UGCAGCUCGAUGCAACCCGCCGCCCCGGCUCACUAGAGCGCCACCAGCCCUAAAAUGCACCACCAGCAGCACCACCAGGUACCGGGCAGCUCCCUGUAGCCGUGCAGCAAAGCCUUCUCAUUGGACACAAGGUCCACCCGGAGUCGCUGUCUGUCUGGAAGUAUAUCUAUAGGAGAACAAAAGAAGAUUUCAUGGAGGUAUCUAGCAGAAGCUGCAGGCUCGUUUGGAUUAUUUGAGCUUUUUUUUUUUAGCGAGGAAUCAAGAGGAAGUCGUCGUGGUUGUUUGGUUAUUUUUUUAAAUUGGGCGGUUCUGAGAGUCUCCAGUCAUGGCGGAGCCGGAGGAGACUUUUGGCCUGCAAACGUCCUCUCCCCGUGGUUCUGAUUCUAGGGAGGUUCCGAGCGAGGGGAAAGCCGAGAAAGCCAACGUGACGUCGGGCAAGUCGCCUUCCUCGCAGACGACCUACAUCCAGCAGGGCAUGGAAGGUAUAAAAGUCUACCUGCAUGAAAGGGAACUCUGGGUGAAAUUCCACGAGGUGGGCACCGAGAUGAUCAUCACCAAAGCUGGGAGGCGAAUGUUCCCAAGUUUUAAAGUGAAAGUGACUGGCCUGAACCCCAAAACCAAAUAUAUCCUCUUGAUGGAUGUUGUCCCUGCAGAUGACCAUCGGUACAAGUUUGCUGAUAAUAAAUGGUCUGUGACCGGGAAGGCCGAGCCCGCCAUGCCCGGCAGGCUCUACGUGCACCCGGAUUCUCCGGCCACAGGGGCGCACUGGAUGCGGCAGCUGGUCUCCUUCCAGAAGCUCAAGCUGACCAACAACCACCUGGACCCGUUCGGACACAUCAUCUUGAACUCUAUGCACAAGUACCAGCCCAGGAUCCACAUUGUAAAAGCGGAUGAAAACAACGGCUUUGGCUCCAAGAACACGGCCUUCUGCACACACGUCUUCCCCGAAACGGCCUUCAUCGCCGUCACGUCCUACCAGAACCACAAGAUAACCCAACUUAAAAUUGAGAACAACCCAUUUGCUAAAGGCUUUCGGGGAAGUGAUGAUAUGGAGCUCCAUCGCAUGUCCAGAAUGCAAAGCAACAAGGACUACCCAGUCGUACCUCGCAGUACCGUGCGUCAAAGAGUGGGCUCCAGCCAGAGCCCCUUCAGCGGCGAGGUCCAGGGCCUGGCCACCCCGAGCGCCCUGAGUUCCCAGUACUCCCAGUGUGACAACGGCGUGACGAGCACCUCGCAGGACAUGUUGCCCCAGUCGGGCUCGUAUCCGUUGCCCCAUGAGCACGGCCAGGAGUACCACUGCAUCAAGAGGAAAGGUACAGCAGAGGCAGCAGUGGAGGACGAUUGCCACUCAGGUGAGCACAGCUACAAAAAGGCCUACCUGGAGAGCUCGUCCAGCGAGGACGACCAUUACUACCGCCCAGUGGGUUAUGCGCAGAGCCUGGGCCUGGGCCCCGGCCCCUACCGAAAUGAGUCCAGCCAACGGCAGGCCUGCAUGUACGCCGCCGCCUCGCAGGGUUCCGAGCCUGUUCCCAGCUUGGAGGACAUCAGCUGCAACACCUGGGCCGGCGUGUCGCCCUACGGGAGCUGCUCGGUGACCACCAUGCAGCCCAUGGAGCGACUGCCCUACCAGCACUUCUCGGCUCACUUCACAUCGGGCUCUUUGGUGUCCAGACUUGGCGGGGUGGGGAGCCACGCCUCGUCCCAGCUGGGCGACGGUCACCAUGCGGCCAUGUAUCAGAGUUCCAUGACACACCAGACUUUGGGCCGCCAGUGCAGUCCUGGUGCUGGGAUCCAGUCGCCGACAGCCGGCCUUCAGGGGAACGAGUAUCUGUACGCACACGGCAUCCCGCGCACGCUAUCGCCACAUCAGUACCACACGGUACAUAGUGUCAGCAUCAUGCCAGAGUGGAACGACAACAGCUAGGGGAGCUUUAAAGGGUCCACUUAGGAAAGGAAGUAAAGAGAACUUGCCAAAAGAAAAGGCAGGAUCUUUAGUUUCUAUUAAUAUCUGUAUAGUCCAGCGACACCAAUAGGACGGCGGCGUUCUCUGCACUUAUAAGUGACUCCAAAAAGACUCCAAAAAGGAAGGCUGCCAGGUUGAAAGUGACAUUGUACAAAUUGCUUUUUAUAUUCAUGUCUUGAGGGACUUUUCUUAUGUGAUCAAUGAGUCCAUGUUGUCAGUUUCUUUUCAAAGCUGCCAACUUCCUUUGUGGUAAAAGUUCACAGGCGAAUGAGGGCUCUAUCGUGAAUUUAUUCAACACUAUCCCAACCGAUUCCAGUAUUUCUUGUAUAAGCUAACCCUCCUCUCUCCUCGACUCCUCAACCGCUGCACACGAAAAGAUCAAAAUGUGUGAAAACAUGCACCCCUAAUGUGCUGCCUGACUAUCAUUUUUCUGGCAAAGAUACCACAUUACAGUGCUGCUGUUCAACUCUGAAGGUUGACCCCCAUAAGUCAGAUUGACUUGAAAUUUCUCGCACAGCUCAGUGCACGCUACAAAACACUCACUAACUUUGGGGUGUUUAGCUCAACCACCAUUGAGAAGUUGGAUCAAUGCAGUAAAUUACUGUUUUUUUUUAGAUAGAUUAUUGCCUACAAUUUAAAUUGUCUCAGUUUUAUCCCACAGUUGAUAAAAUAUGACCUUUUCCACCAAGCAGUAUUGUUCCAUUCUGUAUGUCAGACCACUUUUUGGUCAAGUAACACACAAAAAAAGCCCUUAACGUUUGCUAGGAUAACAUUACAUUUAUGUGAAAAAAUGUUGACUAGCAUAGUGUAGCAAAUUAUGGCUCUAUACCGAAUUUAGUCCAUAAUUUCCCAAUUUAGUAUUUGUUUGUGUCAGCCAGUGGUUCUCAAUUAUUCUCUGUCUUGCCCCCCACACCCCGGGGACAGGAAUUCUGCAUAGAAUCACCCGAUUAUCAAAACAGAUGAAUAAAAUGAGCUGAGAUAACGUCUGCAACAAACUUUUAAAAAUCCCAAAUUCAGAUCCUGAACUUAAUUUGAAAGAUUUAAACAAGACUGCUCAGUCUGUGUGAUUCUCAAAACUGAGAAAAAAGUGCAAAUUAUUUAUAGCCUCAUUUCUACCGUAUUCACAGUCAACCCAGGGGCUUUGUAUGCGUCGUUAAGCGGUGGAAGCUCAGUUGGUGUCAUUAAUCUGUUCCAGAAAGUCUGACCCUGACUGAAACACGCUUCAACUGAAUACAUUUUUCCCAUAAGAAAUCAUGCAAAUCUAAUUAACCAUUUCCGGACACCCAAAAAUGACACUUUUUCAUAGUUUUACAUGCAGAAAACAGUUCAAAAAAUACAUAUAAAUGCUGAAUGAACGAGAUAAAUGACCAUUUAACGCCACUUUUACCUUGAUUGCGGACUUGAUUGUUGACAAAUACGGCGACGUAGCAGCGAGAUCCACACAAACACCACCUUCAUGUUUUGCUGUGAGUUAUUUUUUGGAAUUCAGUAGUGUUUCUCACCUCCUUCAUCAAAAUGCUGGCACUCGCAACUUUCUUUGGCUCCACUGAUGCAGCUGUGAUCAAAAAGAAAAGCAGAGACUUGUGGCAUAGCUCUUUUAAUAAAGAACUACAGAGUCAACCACUGAUGAUGUCAUAGACCAGUGGUUCUCAAUUCAUUUUCUGUCAUGCCCCCACUGGGAGACAGACAUGUUUUUGCAGCCCCCAACGCCCAAGCAUUGAAAUAAUACUGCGAAACUGAUAAUAUCUAUCUAUUUAUCUGUGCUGUACAGACUGAACUCAAAACUGAAAACAGAAAAAUGCAACAAAAUGGAGAGCUGUGACGCAUACAAGCGUACUCAGGAGUCAUUGAGUAUGAUCAAUUUGUACAUGACAAUUUGACAAUUUAGAGUCUCCAAUUACCCUGACAUGUCAAAACCAAACCAAACAUAACUUGUGGGAGGAAAUAGUAGUAGAUAACGCACACAACAUCAGGGAAGACUGUGUCAAAAUGCCAUCAAAUACCCACAAUUUCAAACCAGGGUCCAGUCUAACACAGAGGCGCCAGCCCACUGUCCGGGUUUGCCAUAUUUGCCCUGUUUAUGUCUCUGCUGUCCUGCAAACUUAAAGGGAUAGUUCGGAUUUUUUGACAUGAAGAACUGUGGAACACGUACGAAAACAAGAUGCCCGCUGCGCUCCGUGGCGGAAAUGGAUGCGAGCGUCUUCGUCACAUACACAUGAGCGCACAGGCGACAGUGCGUAGGAAUACGGCGGGAGACAAAUAUAUAACGCCAAGGUCUGAGUUUUUUGAGAGGACAUUUUUGUGAUGCAAAUGUAUGAAUCUUUUGAACGCAUAUUGUUUUGAGAAGACAAAGUCUUUACUUAAUUGUCCCCAGCAACUAAGUGGAACUACGUUCUUCAUCACGGAAAUCUGACCAGAACUGGACUUAGGAGACCAAGUGGGGGGGUAAGUCGCUGUUAUUGGACUACAAUGCUGAUGUCAUACAACUUCAUGUCAAACAACCCGAGCUAUGCCUUUAAUGCACUGAAAUCCAGCAGUUAAUAGCAAUGAAUGUGACUGCAGUAUACAGAAAUGUAGGUUUAUUGCAAUAAAUGUGCUGCGGUGUUGAGACCAUUACUGUGUUCCCUUGCAGGCUCAGAAACUUGGACAGUCUAAAAAAAAAAAAAAAAAUGUUGCUCUGUUUACGUUAAAAGCUUUUAUUCAUAAUUAUCCUCAAACUGGCAUUUCUCUCAGCGAACUCAAUAAAUGAUCUUGCAACAGCAGCAGGGCACCACAGGUGGACAUGGACCACAGGACGUGGACAAUUGGGUCAUUUUUACCAGUGCUUGUAGUUGGUAGAAUGUUAUUUGUCAAUAGUAUUUAUUUAUCACCUAUCACCUUGUUUGUAUCAAAGAUAGAUGGUUCCAUUUUUCUAUUGCCCAUUUUUUUGUAUUUGUAAUUUUGUAUAGGAUUUUCUAAUCAUACUCGUAUAGGAAACAGGAGAUUAUUAUGCAGCGGGCAGUAUGUAUUGAUUUACGCACACAAGGAUGUCUUUGUAAAU